AUGGGAAAUUGCAUGAGAAUUAGUAGAGCACAUGUUGUAGUUCAUGAUGAUGAAGAGAAAAGAGUUGAAGAGUUAGCACUAAAAGCAAAGGAACAAAGCAAUGUUAUUAAUAAGAGAAGAAAGAGUGUUAGAUUUAAAGUUGUAGAUGAUGAAGAGAAAAAGGAAGAAGAGGGUAAAGAAAUGAUGAUGAAGAAAGGUCAUGUGGUGAGGAUUAGGGUAGUGGUGACACAAGAAGAAUUGAAGCAAAUCUUGAAUGGGAAAUUGGAUUUUUCAUCAAAAGAUGAAUUUUUAAGGAAAAUAAAAUCAGCAAGUAGAAAUAGUAGCAGCAACAACAAAAGGAGAUUAUAUGAAGAUGGAUCUAAUUUUUCUUAUGGAAAAAUUAGUAGUAAUAGUAGUAGUAGAAGCACAAGUUGGAGGCCUGUUCUUGAGAGCAUUCAAGAAGAACAUUAA